GUUUAAAGUACUUUCUUGUAGCCCAGUCUUGACUACUUGUUCAAGAAGUCUAUCUACUGCCACACAUACUAAGAAAAACACAAUCUUAAAGACCUUUUUACUAGGCACAACAUGUUUAGCAGGCUCCUAUUUUGGUUGGCAGAAAUACAAUGAGAUAGAAAACAAAGCAAACUGACCAAGAUCGCUAUGUGCACUUGAUUUAUCAAAAAGAACAGAUAUCACCCGAUUCUUACCUUUUGAGACUGUCUAUAAACCACAAGACAAAACAUACCCUGUUCCUUCGUGUGUUUAUAUUAAAGACGAUGCAUUCAAGUCAUGAGACCUUACACACCUAUUAUCAGACCAUAUCGUGAUGGCUAUAUGGACCUGGUUGUCAAAAAAUACCAAGAUGGUUCAGUCUCUCGUACGAUACCAGUUUUUGCCUUACAACAUCAAUAUACACAGAGGGCCUAUGAACAUCCGCCUGCCAAUAGCAGUUAUGAAAAGGGUUAUGUGACAAAGCAAAUGAUACAAGAAAUGAUGCUUGAUCAAGGAAAGCGCAAUAUUUGUUUGUGGACCAACAGAAUGUUGGCUUUUGUUUGUGGCCAAGUGAUGGAUUGUUAUCUGAAUUAGACUUCAUUCUGAUGAAACAUGAAAUUCCAAUAACAAUAAAAAAAAAAAAAAA